AUGUCCAAAAUAUCUAAGAAGCAUGAAAUUACACAAUAUUGUUUUUUCUUGGGAAAUUUCUAUUGUAUUGAUCAGCAAGGUAAAAUUAUCCUUCAAGAUGCAGUUGAGUAUCGAAACACUAGAAGGUUAUCUACUUCUCCUAUGGAACAAAGGGGUCUUGGUCUUAUACUAAUUCCUGCUUCUAUCAGGAAAACUUGUCAUGUUGAUUGCUCCAUUGAAGAACAAUUAUCACUUCUGUCGGUUUAAGAGAAGUGGAAUACUUACUAAGAAUCUGUGUCUUUGUUGCUUGUAGUGAAAACAUUCCUUGGAAUUGAUUGAUUUUCAUGAUAUGAAUUAUGAAGUGGAAACUAUUAUUGGUUAGUUUU